AAUCCUUUGAGAUGAACACGAGUCAUCAUUGAUACAAAAUCAAAGUUGUUUCAUAAGCUACCAGAUUUCGUAGGAAUACUCGGGAUCAAACUCUCAUCUUUAACAUUGCUCCAUGGAAAUGGAAAUGGAAAUUGAGAUGGAGAUGGAGAUGGAGAUGAGAAGCACAGAAGACAUAAACAUAGCAACAGACAUAACCCCACCACUUACUCCACUCUCUUUCUCUCUCCACAACACCCAUCUCCACACUCACUGCUCCUCAUGUUUCUCUCUCAUAACUCCACCUCCCAUUCCCAUUCCCAAUCCCAAUAAUCCCCCCAUUCACUACUGCUCCCUUCACUGCUCCACCUCCCAUUCCUCAAUCCCCCUCUCCUCCGCCGAACACCACCUCCCUUCCUCCUCCACCUCUUCCCUCCUCCGCACCGCCCUCCGUCUCCUUCUCCACCGUCACUCCCAUGGCUCCACUCGCCUCAAUCACUUACUCACCAACCGUCAUUUACUAACAUCUCAAAAUGACGACGACGUGGCUGAGACUGUCCGCCUCGGAGCACUUACCAUGGCCACCGCAAUAGAAAAGCAAAACGGUUGCAGCAAAGACGGUGGAACUCUGGAGGAGGCCACUGUUGCUCUUUGUGCAGUGCUAACCAACGCCGUGGAGGUGCAUGAUAACGAAGGAUGCGCACUCGGGAUUGCGGUUUUUGAACAUGCUUUCUCUUGGAUUAAUCAUAGUUGUUCCCCCAAUGCUUGCUAUCGAUUCUCCUUCUCCAAUUCUUUGCUUUCUCGUGAAUCCAAGCUUCGCAUAGCUCCAUUCACUCAAAAUUCUAAACAACCACAACAGAUAGAUUCUGGUGUUUUUGGUAGCAGUAGUGAAUUUGCACAAGAAGGACGGGAGAUCUCUGGUCCAAAAUUGAUUGUGAGGAGUAUCAAGAGAAUUAAAAAGGGGGAAGAGGUCACUGUAGCAUAUACCGACCUCUUGCAGCCAAAGGGAACGAGACAAUCGGAACUAUGGUCUAAGUAUCAGUUUAUUUGUUGCUGCCAACGUUGUAGCUCUCUGCUCUUCACAUACGUGGAUCAUAUAUUGCAAGAAAUAUGCGUUGUCUGUGGAGAUUUAUCUGGUUUACGUUCCAAUUACAAGUUCUUCAGAGACAUGACUGAUAGAAGAUUGACCGAUUCCAUUGAAGAUGUUAUAUCAGAGUACCUUUCGGUUGGUGAUUCUGUAUCUUGUUGUGAGAAGCUCGAGAAGAUUCUCAUUGAAGGUGUAGACGAGCAGCUAGAAGGAAAAGCACAUUCUCAGCUCACGCUGCAUCCCCUUCACCACCUCUCUCUAAAUUGCUAUAUGACACUAGCUUCAGCAUAUAAAGUCCGCGCUAGUGAUUUAUUAUCUGGAGAUUCUGAAAUAGAUUUUAACCAAUCGAAAGCUUUUGAUAUGAGCAGGACCAGUGCUGCAUAUUUUUUGUUACUGGCAGGUGCAGCUCAUCAUCUUUUCAAUUCUGAAUCAUCACUUAUUGCAUCAGUUGCUAAUUUUUGGAUAGGAGCUGGUGAAUCUUUGUUAACUCUUACCAGAAGUUCAGGAUGGAGUAAGUUUCUUAAUGUUGAUUUGGUCCUUUCAAACCUUGCUUCUGACACAAAAUUUAAAUGCUGUAAGUGGUCAUUAAUGGAUACUUUUAGAGCAUGUAUGUUAAAUGGUCAAAUCAAUAGUCAAGAUUUUGAGAAUGUAUCAAAUGAGUUCAUUCAUUCUGUCUCAGACAUUACUCGUAAUGUUUGGAGUUUCCUUGUCUAUGGUUGCCAAUUUUUGAAAUCAUGCAAGGACCCUAUCAAUUUCGGUUGGGUAAUGUCUAAACAAAAUUCACUAGAUGUUCGGGCUCAUGAUAUCAAAACUGGUAUGUGUUACACACAUGAACCUGUGAAUAGCAUUGGUUUUCGUGGAGAACAAGAUUACAAUGAUCAUACAGUAACACAUAUUUUUCAGCUUGGGGUACAUUGCUUAACAUAUGGAGGUUUAUUGGCUUGUAUAUGUUAUGGUCCCCAUUCCCAUUUGGUUUCUCAGGUUCAAAAUAUUCUAGAUCAUAAAAAUGAUUUUUUAUUUUCAUGAAGAAUUUUGAGAUCUGUAUGCCAGUUUGUGAAAAAUUUGUGUCAACAUGAAUUCAAAUUCUUUGAUCCUUUUAGUUCUAUAACUGAUUAUGGUUUCUUUAUCAAGAUGAAAUCAACAUGGAAGUUUUAUUUGUAA